UCAUGAUCAAACACACAUUGAAUGAGAAAGGCUUCGCCAAGUCGAGCAGCGGACUUCAGGUAGCCUACCCCUGGCAUAAGUAGCAUAUUGCGUCUCAAACAAAUUAAAAAGACGACGAACGGUUCUAUGACCGAAAAUAAAUCAAUGAACGAAGCCGUUUAACCAUUUGGAGUAUACGUGUGGAAUAUCCUGAGAAAAAGAUCUGCCACUAAACGAAUAACGUUACAAUUCGAGAAAAAAUACUGCGCUCCUCUCGUGACCAACGUGAAAAGGAGAUUUCUAACGGACAUGAAGACAAAAAAGGGCAUGAUGACGUUGUCGGGCAGUGAGACGGACGACGAGGACAGCGUGGAUGCCCCCCUGGACCUGUCAUCCAGUACGGGAGGUAGCAGUGGGAAGAGGAAGAGGCGCGGGAACCUACCCAAGGAGUCGGUGCAGAUCCUCAGGGACUGGCUAUAUGAGCAUCGCUACAAUGCCUACCCCUCUGAACAGGAGAAAGCCCUACUCUCCAAGCAGACGCUGCUUUCCACACUACAGGUUUGCAACUGGUUCAUCAACGCACGUCGGCGGCUCCUCCCGGAGAUGCUGCGGAAAGACGGUAAAGACCCCAACCAGUUCACCUUCUCCCGGAAAGGCAGCAAGGGAGGCGACGGGGGCUUCUCUGACUCCAGCUCUCAGUCACCCAAGCACGCCACAGCCGCCACGGGCCCCGAGGACGGCUACGACCAGCGGGCGCUGCACCCCUCCAGCUUCGAGGCAGGUCUCCCCAGCCCCAGCGUUCUGCAGAAGGCCAUAUCGUCCCCUAAAAUGUCCCCCUCCUCCUCCCCGGGGCCCGCCACCACUGUGGCUCACCGGCCCUCUGUCAUCUGUCACACCACUGUUACCACCAUGGCCAUGCAGAAACAGGGCUCCAGCCCCCCUUCCUACCUCUCCUGCUUCCUCUCCAGCAUGAACACAGAUGGCAGUAGGGCCGCAGAGCUGCUGCAUUCCACCAGAGAGGCUCUGGGUCUUUUCAGAUGCCGGGAGGAAGGGUUGGGCCUGGGCGCCCCGGCAGUGACCACCACCCCCACCCCCAUGGAGGGUAACCUGAGCCCCCAGAGUGGGCUCUUCAACACCCCUCCCCCCACCCCCCCAGACCUCACACAGGACUUCAGUGGCUUCCAGCUCUUAGUGGAUGUGGCCCUCAAGCGGGCGGCAGAGAUGGAGCUGCAGGCUAAACAACUGGUGUCUUAGAGAGAGGGAGGGCUAAAAGGGAGGGAAAGAAAGAUGACAACCCAGUUGUUGUUGUCCCUAAAUGAACUCCUCACAUGAAUUCAGUGACUUCAGUGACUGCGCAACAAAGAACAAACACAACAAGCCUGAUAACUUCUAUUUUUGGUGUACAAAACUGUAUCAAGGUGCCUUGGCUGUUAGUUCUUUUUUUAUUUUGUCAUAUACGUGUAUGUAUGUAUGUAUGUAUCUAUGUGUAUCUUUUUUGCACACGGGACCAAAAAGAAAAAAAAAAGCGCUGCCUGUCUUAACUUUUCCUAUGUAUUUUACUAGAGCAAGGCAUGAGGGUAUACAAGUGUUCUGAGGGGGAGGGUGGUUCUCCUCUCCUCCAUUAUGGGGUACGUAGUUUCACAGACCUAUCCCCCAUGCGAUAUGUAGUUUCCAGAUGUUUCACGUUUUACAUUUCAGAGAUCAGUUUGCGAUGGUUUCCACUCAGCCUUUUGCACAAUAGGGCAGAGUUAGGGUCCUUAUCUCUCAUGUCAGUGUCUUAAAACAUACUUUGCUCUUGGGAUCUAUGAUGAACUUUAUCACUACUGUAGAAAGUCUUCUGUGUUUUUUCAUGAUAAAGAGUAUAGUGUUUUUUUAUAUUUUUUUUAUACCUUUCCUUUGAUAUUUUAUAAGAAAGUAAACCUCUCGUCUUGGUUUUGAUUAAGCGUUUUCCUAUACCAAGGGAUCAUUCAGAUGAACAAUGUAGCAGGUUCCUAGUCUGAGCCUUCCUCCCCUCCUCGCUUAGUGGGGUACAGCCCAAGUGGCACCCUAUUCCAUAUAUAGUGCACAAAAAUAGUGCACUAUAUAGGGAAUAGGGUGCCAAUUGGGGCGCAAACCCGAGUAGCGAUGGCCAGUUAACUGGAAGAACAACACUAAGAUUUGUUUUGCAUUUGUGAAGUCACCAGCAGCGGAAAAAAAGAUAGCAUUUUCUAAAUCACCAAAAAGCAUUUCAUGUACAAAAAAGGACCAUGUUUGUGUAUAGCAAUUGUGACAUGACGGCCAAUGAUGUGAUUUCCUUUCAUACUGUGCAAUGUUUGUGGCAAAUAGGGGUCACAUAUGGGAUUUAAAUAAAUAGUUGUUUUCUACAA